CUACUCGAGUAACCUUUGUACAACAUGAAUUUUUUGGCCGUAAAAUGUUAGUACACCAACAACUCUCGUCAGUUAGUUUUUGCACACAAUCCUGCGCUGUUUGAUCCGGGGCUUUUCUCUCGUUAUUGUUGUUUUGUGCAUUAUAAUGUACGCUAAUAACAACAGACAGUCCAGACUGCCCGUGCGUUCCUCUUCGUCGUCGCGAUCCCAUCACGUCUCUCCAUCCCCGAUAGGCCAUGGUCGUUCUCAAUCCAACCCCGGCAGGCCCCGAUGGAGCGUGGCCGUCAAAAACGAUAACGACCACGUACACCGUAACAACAACAAUAACCAUCGCACGACGGAGAGCUUUAGCUUCGGUGGGAUAGAUAUAAACGAUGGGGAAAACAAUAAUAACAAUAACUCCACGGGAUUCGUUACACGUACCAAAAACAACGUGUCUAACGUUCAUUAUCAGUAUUCCUUACAAACACACGUUGAGGAUAAUCGAAAAAUUAAUAAUUGGCCGGUCACGCAGUCAUUGUAUGACGACAAACACGGUGCUAAACAUUCUUUCAACAACAGUAACACUCGCCUCAGAAUGAUAAAUGAAGGCCAACUAGUGGACAAAGAAAAAAGAGCAAUGGCAGAAGACAAAGAAGAAGACGAAGCGAAAAUGUCUCCCGAUAACUGUUUGCCCACACCUCCAGGAUUGUUGGCCGACAAAAAAUUCAACAUGUGGCACAGCGUUGGUCCGACGAAUCUAUCGUCGAAUUCGUCAAUGUUAAGGUCUCAAACGUCGUCUGUAGAAGCCGAAAAUGUUCUAUCCAUGAGGUCAAACAGCCAACAACAGUUAGGAGCCAAAGUAGAAAUAGUAUACAAUCUAUUAUCGCUAUUGGAGAACAAUAAUUCAAUACAAUCUUCAUAUCAGUCUGUAACUGUACUUUUGGCGAUGAGCAAAUCGCCAGAGUGUUGUGCCGCGAUGAGACAAACUGGAUGUGUCCCAUUACUUGUGCAAAUUGUUCAUGACAUGAACGCCGAUAUAGUAGUUCGGCACAACGCUAGCCAAGCUUUAAAAAAUAUUGUUACGUUUAAUCAGGAUGAAAAACAAGGUCGUAGAGAAUCUCGAGUGUAUAAGCUGCUUGAGAGCAUGAGAGAAUACUGUGAUACACCAGUUGUAGUUCUCAAACAGUUGGAUGUCAGCAAACAUCCAAUCACUUCCAUUGCUGCAUUAAUGAAACUCUCUUUCGACAGUCAACACAGAUUUGCUAUGUGUGUGUUAGGGGCUAUUCACACUGUAACCAGAUUAAUUCAAGUAGACCACGAAGUCCAUGGCAGUGCACCAAAUUUAGAGCCGACCUCAGAGUGUGUUACAUUAAGACGAUAUGCUGGCAUGGCUCUGACUAACCUUACUUUUGGCGAUGCUACUACAAAAACGCUGUUAAGUUCUUUCAAAAGCUUUCUUAGAGUUUUAAUCUUACAACUUCGAAUACAAUGUGAAGAUCUCAGACAGGUAACCGCUAGUGUUUUGCGUAACUUGUCGUGGAGAGCUGAUCCUCAAAGUAAAGAGAUUUUACGCGAAGUGGGAGCAGUCAAAGCAUUAAUGGAAGCUUCUAUGAAAGCAAAUAAAGAAAUGACAAUGAAAUCAUUUUUGUCGGCACUUUGGAAUUUUUCUGCUCAUUCACCUGACAACAAAGAAGAAAUUUGUAAAGUCGAAGGAGCUAUUGAAUUCUUGAUAUUUACCUUAAGUGGCAAUAGUCCUUUUAAGUCUGUCACUAUUAUUGAAAAUGCUGGAGGAAUUUUAAGAAAUAUAUCUUGCGUCAUUGCAUCUCAUGAGGAAUAUAGAAAUAUUCUAAGGCGCCAUAAAGUGUUUGAAAUGCUAAUGCAGCAGCUACAAUCUCCUAGUUUAACUAUUGUGAGUAAUGCGUGCGGAACAAUUUGGAAUUUGUCUGCACGCAAUAUUCGUGAUCAAACGACUAUGAUUAACUUGGGUAUUGUACCUAUGCUACGAUCAUUGAUCCAUUCCAAACAUAAAAUGAUUGCGACCGGAUCGUCAGCUGCCCUCAACAACCUCAUGAAUGCUAUGCCGGCAUAUAAUUCAAUGCAAAACGAAAUUGAAGAGCAAGAACAUUUGAUAGAGACGUAUGAAAAUAGUAAUGAUAGUAAUGUCAAUACAAAUGAAAAUGUUGAAGAAAAAGCCAAUGACAAUGAAUCAAAUCAUAAUGUUAACUCGAAUGCAACAAAAGACUCUCGGUUGUAUCAAACAGAUGAAAUUAUAGAAAAACACUCGAUAAGUGAUAUUGUUAAUGAAUCAAUCGAGUCUUCAAACAUUUCCCACGAUGAAGAUCAACACACAGAUGAAGACCCAAAUUUCAUUGAAAAAGAUAAAAAACUGACAAACGGCUAUGCGGAGACUUCAUUAGACGAAGCAACAAAUUAUAGUUUGUUAUGUGAAGAUGAUGAUAAUGGUGAAAAAGCCUUAACAGGCGAUACAACACAAACAUAUUGUACUGAAGGUACGCCAUACAAUUUUUCCAAUGCAGCGUCUUAUACGGAUUUAAGAAAAUGCGGAGUUGAAGAAAAAAGCCGAAACGGAUCUGGCAAUGAUGGAUUAUCAGGACAAAACACUAAUGUUCAAAGCUCAGGAAGUCAAACUCCUGAUAACGCUCAGCCCAAGGAUGAACAAAAAGAUGGAAAAAUGGUUACGUUUGAAACACCUUUAAUGUUCUCACGAAGCAGUUCAAUUGCAUCACUUGGGAGUUGUGAACCACCGGAAGGAUAUGUAGGCAGUUCCGCUGUUAGCGAGUGCAGCCGAGUUACCAGUGGAUUAGUGACACCGAGUGAAAUUCCUGAUUCUCCUACGCCAACAGUCCCUCCAAGUCCUCCGUGCUUUAAAAAUGAGAGUAUUUUUGAAGACACUGUCACCGUUUUCAAAGAAGAAAAAAUGCCUGGAAAAGGAUCGGGGUGUACAAGCUUAAGCAGUUUGACUAUUGAUGAUGAUCUUCCAGGGAUCAAAUUGCAAUAUCUACAAAAUCAUGCAAAUUUGCCAUCGUUAAAUGAAGAAAAUAUAUCUAAUAAUGCUACGGAAACCAAUAUGUUUGGAUCAGCAUCAUCAGAUAAAGCUUCCAAAUCUUUUACGGUAAACCAAUCGUCCUGUUCUGAAUCUCCAUACGUACAAAACAAAAACCCAGGAUUUGUACCUCUUAAUAGGACGAGACUUCCAGUCAUGGUACAAAACAACAGCCAAUUAACUGAAAGAUACUCUGAAAAUUCGUUUGCUUCCAAAUCUUAUAGCAAAAUAUCAGAAAACGAGGCCGAUGAAAUGAUUGGUUUUUGUACCGAAGGAACUCCUGCAAAUAUAAGCACAGCGACUUCACAUUCAGAUUUAUCCAUUAUUACUCCUUCAGAGGAUGGAUCUGAAACAAACGUGAUUCUAAGACAAUCAAUGAAAGUGGUGGGAAAAAGACGUUUAUACCAAACACCUGGAAAAUUCAAUGGGAGCUUAAACAUUCAAUACAAUCAAAGCUCUUCUAUACCACUUUCGCUAAAUAACUCCAGGCAAGUAGGUUUAGAUUCUCCUUCAACAGAAUCUCAUGUGUCCAACUCGAUAAAUUCAUCAGAACUAGAAGAUCCGGAUACGGUUAUCCAUAAACGAAUGUCAACCGAUUCGAUUGGCAGCGAGUUUUCAAUGGACGACUCUGGUAAAUGUGAUAACCAAAUGCCUAGAUCGCAUUCUUUACGAGAUGAGCUUACUCUGAACAGUGAACCCAUGUCAGAAGAUGAUGAUGAUGACGACGAUGACAAUAACGCUUUAUUGGAUCAAUGCAUCAAUGCAGGAAUAGAAAAAAUCACUACAGUAAAAACAGUUGAUGAUGAGCUACCAGAGGACGAACAGCAAGAGCUGUUGAACCAGUGUAUAGCUACAGGUAUUAAGAUAUCGGCCAAGUCCAAAUCGCAAUUGCCUGUUAAGAAAAGAUCCAAAAAACAAGAUGUUGAUCUCACUGACGAACAGCAACAGGAAUUGCUGGAGUCGUGCAUUGCUGCUGGUAUAAGGAACAGCAAAAAAUCAUACAAGAACACAACCGACGACUUAUCUGAUGACGAACAAUCCGCUUUGCUAAGCGAGUGUAUUGAGGCCGGCAUGAAAAACGUACAAAAAAACAAGUCGAAGGACCUAAAUGACACUGUGGAUUUACACGAUGAAGAGACUUUAUUGAAUAAUUGUAUUAGCCAAGGCAUAAAAAAUAUUGAAAGAGGAUCGAUUCCUAAAAAAAGAGAAAUACCCGUGUUAAACAAGUACAGUCCAAAAAAGUCGUCCAUACCAAAACCGGCAAACGGUGAAGAAGUUAGCGAAUCCACCAAUACUAUCACGCCCGGCGAUGAUGUUGAUGGAAUUGACAGUAAAAAAGACGAAAGUGACGAAACGACUUGGAGAGACGAUGAAACACUGACGUUCUCCACACUAACAAGCACUUAUCAAAGCGCAAUUAGUGACGAAAAAUCAAAACCUAAAUUGAUCAAAUUGGACAAAGGGGAAAUAGGAAUCAUAUCGUCGCUGGAAGUUGACGACACUCACUUGGAUUCCAUUAAACCGCCUUCAGACAUGGAGAGCCUUUUGUCCAUGACUGCUAGCAUGCAUUCCAACUAUGGUUUCGAUAGGAAAGGCAAAACUUUUACUGACCGACACGACUCGUUGGGCAGUUGUGCAAACAUCGAAAACAUCAACCCUCCCUCUUACAUGGAUGAGGUGACAGACUUUGAAAUGGAAAACAGCAUUACCAGUAUAUCAAGUAUACGAUCUGAAAUAGUCGACCAGUCAAACGGUGCAUAUUAUUACACGGCCGUUGAUGAAUUGACGCUGGUCGAUGAUCUACCGUCAUCAGAAAUGUCUUCGGAUCAGAAUUACUCUAGUCCAGCUCAGAUAAGACGUAGACUGACUCCAAAACAAAAGCGGAACAUGAAAAAAGACAGAUACAACACGUAUACAAUCAAUUCUGAUGACAGCAGAGAAAACUCAACCGGUCCGGAAACCAGACCAUCACCAGUCAACGAAUCAGAUUCGCAGUCAUCCGAAGGGGCGGUGAAAAAAAUGUCGCCCAAAGAGAAAUUCCAAACAAAAAGGUUGUCUGAAAAAGACAGAUUCCGAACGCGGACCUUGGCCGAUCUUGAUUUGACUCAAAUUUUGCACAAUCAUCCGAAGGAAAAUGACAUAACCGUUACCGAAACAUUGAAGUGUGGCGAUUACACUUCUUCCGAAGGAACAGAUGGGUAUUCAAGCGACGACAAUGGUUCCAAUAUACCAGUGGCCGCUGCUCGGGUGGUCAAGCCUACCGAAAUAAAAGCGGUCAGAGGAAAAAAGAAAGCUAGGGGUAGUGGCAUACCUAGGGGUAGCGGCAUACCGAUUGUGGCUCGUGGGGGGGGAACACCACCAACUCCACCGACCACAAAAAGCUCAGAAACUACCCCUGUGAAAAAGCCAGCUCCUCUAAGGAGACAGGGCACUUUUACUAAAGAAGAAUCGAGGAUACCCACACCAGGAUCAUCUGCCAGUAAAAAGCCCACCACUAGUGGGCCAAACCUAGUCAAAGCACCAUCCAGCCGUAAGUCGACUGGCUCACUAGCCGGUAACGGUGUGCGGACAUCCCUGAGCAAUAACAGUUUGAAAAGCAGCGCUGGAAGUGUUGCUGGAAGUGACCACUGGGCCGGCAGCAACAAUAGCUUGUCCAAGAUUGGCAAGACGACCAAGACCAACAGCAAUACCAGCCUCAAUUCUAACGUUUCGGCCACAAGUUCGGGGUGUUCGAUUAAAGCUGUUCCCAAAAAAACCAACCAAGAAGCCACCAGCAAGAUAGCAAGUCUAUGGAAGAAAGUUGAAGACAACAAAAAGAAAUCCGUCAACGUUAAAGAUAACCGCGUAUGGAUAAGUUCAAACAAUCGAGCUUGAGUGACAUUUUUUUUCUCACAUAUAUAUUUUUCUUCCAUUUGAUAAUUUUUUUUCUUUUAUUGUUAAAAUAUUAAACUUUGUUUCCUUUGAAAUCCAGUAAAAAAACGUGUACUGGGCACUUAUUGAGAUUACCAUAAUUUUUUUUUAAACUGUUUAUUAAGUAACAAACAGUAUUUUUCUUUCUAGAGAUUCAUAAUCGGAAUUAAUAAUUUAAUAAAUACAUUUCAAUUAAUUGAAUAUAAUUUAUUCUAUUUGUCAAAAAAAAAAAAUUGUAUUCAAUAUAAUAUUAAUAUUUUAUUAAUCAGUAGUAAAAUCACAAGUUAUUUAAAAUGUAUUUCAUUUAUUAAUAUUGAUUAUGAUUAUCAAAUGAUUUUAUAUUAUAUCCAUAUUGUUUGAUUAACGAUUAUUUUUAUAUUAGUUUAAUUUGAGUGAGAUUAUUUAUUUUAUUGUUUUAUUUUUCAAUCAUAGUUUAAUCUAUUAUUAUAUUCUAAUUAAAGAAAUUAUAUCAUUUAGUAAUAAUGUCAUAUAUUUAUAAUAUUAUAAUAAGACUAUAGAAACGAUCCUAUCUACUUUUUGAAAAGUAAAAUUAUUUUUUUAGUUAGAUUAAAGUUAUAAAAGUUAAUAACAGUAAGAAUACGCGACAGAUUGACAAUUCCAUCUAUUUCAAAAUAAAGACAUUUUUGAGACUGACAUGAGUUUACAGUGUUUAAAUUUCAUUUUUUUUUUAUUAUUUCUAUUACUAUUGUAUUAAUAGUUAUAAAUAUUUUUGUAUGAUUGGAAAUAAUUUAAUGUGUAUACUAUAUGGGGAUGUCCACUUUUAGAUAGAUUU